AUGCCACUAAUAACCACGAUCCACGAAUCCCUCCCAUACAUCGACCCCGAACCCACCCCCGCCGACCGUCUCGCCGCCGAAGCCCUCAUAACCGCCGAACGCUCUCUCGUCCCCGACGACCCCUACCACGCGCUUCUCCCUCCUCCCUACACGCCCUCUUCGCACCUCACCCCCCUCAUCCAAUCCGAAUUCGAGCGCAUCGCCUCCUCCCUCUCCUCGAACCCCGACGCGCCACCACCAAAGCUCAACGCUCUCGAUCUAACCCGCUACUCCUCCAUCCCCGAGAUCCCUUCGCCCGCGGACCUCUCCCAGAUGGACUCCUCCGAAGCCACCACCCUUUUGCAGUCCCUCCUCGAAAAGGCCUACACGGAUCACACCUACGUCGCUUCGCGACGGGCGCACUUGGCGUUGCUGGACACGUACGGCAAGAACGCGUGGCUGAUUGGUAAUUGGCAGCUGGAGGGGGAGUUGAAGGCCAUCGAAAAGGAGCUGGCGGACGCGAAGAGGGAGAUUGAUCUUGUGACGCUGCAGCGGAAGCAGGCGCAGGACGAGGCCGGGCCGGAGAUUCUGGGGCUGGAGGAUACGUGGAAGAAGGGCGUGGGGAGGGUUUUGGAGACGGAAGCGGCUGUGGAGGGGUUGAGGAGGCAGGUUUUGGAGGUUAGGAGGGGGAUAGAGUAG